AGGGGAUUUUCGGGAAGAAUUUUGGUAAAAUGAGUUUUAAGAAAACCCGGUCGCCUCAGAGUCACCAAAGGGCCAGUGUGUUAAUAUAGCCUAUAGGGAAAUAGGGAGAUUGCCCUAGCGUGAUUGAGCUAUCUGGGCCCAAAUGACGCCGCGAGAGUACCAAGGGUCAGGGACAGAAGCCAACCCUUCUCUCGUGUCGCUACGGAGUUACCAAAGGACGGUUUAUAUUAACAGUUUGGAAAGUGAUGUAUGUUUUCUGAAAAUGAGAAGUGACAUACAUGGCAUUGCAUAUCAUGGCACGGCAUUAUUUAUUUUGAAUUUGAAAUUGAUGUUGUAUUUUCCCCAAGCUUAACAUAAUCCCAUUUCCUAUUAUUCUAUUCCUUAUUUGGAUUUACGGGGUCAUAAGAGGUGUGUCUUAGGCACCACCUACUGAACAAUUUGCUCACCCCAUUUUAUUUAACAUUUUUCAGGGUCAGAAAAGGAAUUAGUAAAUGUCGAUCCCUCUCAAGCAUGAAGAGGACUAGAGAUCUAUUUUAGCACCUUUUGCGUAUUAGUUAAUCUUUUGUAAAGUCACAAACUAUAAAAAAUAAUAAUAAUAAUAAUAAUAAUAUUUAUUUUUGCAAAUCAUAGCCAUGUAACUUAACUAAGAUACUUGAUUACUUUUGAUGUAAAUUGGGACUAUGUAAAUGCUUAGGUUGAAAGGAAGAAUGAUGUUAUAUCUUUGAUAAAUUAGUAAUGGUUAUAUCUGUGUAAUGUGGUACAUUUUGCCGUGAAUUCGGAAAGGGUAGAUAAAUUUUGAAGGUCCAAGAGAGGCCAUUGUAUUUUUUUUUUUUUGUAUGCAUUUAAGCAAGUUUGCGUAGGUCCCUUUUUAGCAGAGGUUAUGUCGAAUUUUUUUUAGCAUUUGGUAUCAUUUUCGGGUCAUGACAAAAUGAUAUCAUAGCAUUUUAUUAGAAAAUUCAGGAAUGUGACAUUGAAGCUCAAAAAAACAAGUAGAACCAUGGCAGUGCCAUGGAGUAUGACUUUUUGCAUGGCAAAGAAUCCAAAGAUGGUGUGGGUGGCUCUGACUGGGUGGGUCACAUCGUGCUUGACUGUUGCUUAUGAGAUCGCUGGUUCUCUCCGAACAGGCGAGAUCGGGCCUUUCCAUGUUGGUUGGUUGAUUGAGGAAUGUUUUGGUUUGAUCCUUUGAACUUCCUGGUUAGUGGUUCAUUAAUUUUAUUUUAACAACAAUUUCAACUAAAUACCUUUAUCUGUCUACCUAUGGUUUGACCAGAACAGGAGUAGUGUGUUGGAAACUUGGAGCAUGUUAGACAUGAUCUAAAGCAGAAGAUGACUGAGGACAGCGGUUGGCCCUGACAGUGCCGUUGAUCUAAAGUCUAAAGGUCGUAAGAAGCCGAGUUGCAUGGAAAAGACAGUAAUGGAUACCGGCACAUGCCAUUCACGGCGUUGUUGUUGCAGCCGGUCAUGGAGGAGGAGAAACAACAAGAAGACCCGGUUCAACAGUAAAAGGGGCACUUCCGAAAUAAAAAUACAAUGUAAAGUAAAUUUGCAUGAUUUUGACAAUUAACCUCCAUAAAUUUAUUUUUUAGAAAGGAUAGAUUUGACUCUAUGGAUUUGACAAUACACCUCCAAAAAUCCAUUUUAUUUAAAUUAUCCCAAAACAAAAAGUCUGAGAGUACAAAUCCCUUUUGAAAUAC